ACGAAAGGGAGACGCUACAUACGAUCAGGGAGGUAUUCGGCACCAAUAUGAUCGCCGUUUUAUCUGAAAGUGGUGCUCAGGAGAAUCACCUCAUUUUUCCGCGUGGAGAAUCUUGUUUCAAGACCCUCGCAAAACCUAUCCAGCCUACGGAGUAAGUUCUUAUUCUUGGCUUGAUAUAUGCAUAGCUAAUUUAAAAAGGUAACAUCAAUUAGUUGGCAAGGGCUUGGACUAUUUGGUUUGAUGGCUCCCAGUCCUCUACCCGGGAAUACGUUAUAUAAGAGAUUC